AUGACUUCGAAGAUACAGCCAUUCUACAUCUUUGCCAUUCUAGUGUUGGCUGCUGGUGGUAUACCCAAAGGUUACGAUGAGGGAGGCUUCAGCGCCAGCGUCACUCUGCCUUCCUUCAAACAGGACUACAACCUCGUCAAGGCACACUGGAAGCAUGAUCCGACCGGCCUUGCCAAUCGAACUGCAAACAUCACAUCGUUUGGAGUGCUUGGUGCUGCUUUUGGAGCCUUGAUAGCCUUCUUUGGCAAUGACAAGCUCGGAAGACUUUGGUCCUUCCGAUGUUCCAUCUUAGUAUGGGCAAGUGGAUUGCUCAUGCAAGUUUUCUCGUCUGGCAUCUUUGGCUUCCUUCUAUUCUCCAGGAUAUUCAGUGGACUGGGAGCCGGUGCUUUGACUGUUGUCUCACCACUCUUCCUGUCAGAGAUCGCACCUGCAAAGACGCGAGGCAUGAUCGUCAGUAUCUACAUGGUUAUGUUAUUGUCGUUCCUCUCUCUUGGCUUCUUCGUCAACUACGGAGCCAACCUUCACCUGGCCGCUACCAGAAUGCAGUACCGUCUUGUUCAGUCGAUUCCUCUGAUUCCGGUCGGUCUUGCUUUCAUCGGCUCGUUCUUCAUGCCUGACAGCCCUCGGUGGUUAGCCUCGAAGGGAAGACAUGAAGAAUCUGUAGCAGCUCUUGCACGCUUGAGAGGCAUGGAGAUCAACAACCCGGAGCUACUGGCAGAGCACGCUAGUAUCGAGAUGGACAGUGCCACAAUUGCAGAGUUGAAGAACGCUUCGUUGAAGUCCACUGCCACCGAAGUCUUCAACAGUCCAACACUUCGCAGCCGUUUCCUGCUUGCCUUGGCUAUGCAGACCAUCGCUCAGUGGACUGGCGGUAACGGCAUCACUUACUACAUCUCGGACAUUUUCCAAUACGCAGGAAUCACGGGAUCAAAUACUUCGCUGAUAACAUCGGGAGCCUAUGGUCUCGUCAAGCUGUUAUUCACCAUGAUCUUUGCGUGGGGUCUGAUCGACUUGCUUGGUCGUAGACGAUGCUUCAUGACAGGCUUGUCUCUGCAAUGUGCCACACACAUCUAUAUGGCCAUCUACUUCGGGGCCAUCCCAGACACCAAUCAGUCAGCCUCGAACGCAGCAGUAGCAAGUGUGUUCAUCUAUGCCAUCGGUUGGUCGAUCGGACUGUGCACAGUUCCGUACAUUUACGGCACUGAGUUGUUCCCAACAAGAGUCCGCUCCCUGUGUUAUGCUAUAGUGAUGGCGGCACAUUGGUUCUUCCAAUUUGCAGUAGUUCGCGUCACACCACUGAUGUUAGAAGCGCUUGACAAGUGGGGUGCAUACACGUUCUGGGCUUGCAUCUGCGCUAGUGGACUUGUUAUUCUUGGCUUGUGGGCUCCCGAGACCAAGGGCAUCCCAAUGGAGCGCAUGGACGAGCUGUUCCAGAGACCUUGGUACAAGUGUGGAUCAGCAAAGGUGUCGACGGAGAGCUUUGAUGAAUCGUUUCAUGACGGAGACGAGAAAGCAGUAGCGUUGCACACAGAAAAGGCUGUGUAG